AGUGGAGGAAUGUGCGCCGCAACUGUGAGGCAAGCGCGCACUACAACCAGGCGCUCGCAAAAGUUGGACUUGGAGUUGAUUUUUUCGAACUGUUCAGUGUCUUGUUAGUGGGGGGGCGGGCGGGCGGGCGGUGGGGGGAGGGGGAUGGGGGGGGGGGAGCAAAGUGCAGGACUUGCUUGGUGUUCUCUCCGCUUUGAAAGCCUGCGACACGGUGACGACGACGACCAUGAUGAUGAUGAUGAUGAUGAGAUGAAGGGACGACAAAGCGCGAUGACUCUGUUGAAAAAGAAGAAGUCCGCUUUGUGGGGAGGCCCGUUCGGCUCCUGUUGGUUCCUCUCGCUCCCGGUGGUCCUGUUGGGGGUCGCCUGUGGCCCGGCGAAGGUGACCUGCCUGCGAGAUGCGGAGUUCGAGAAACAACCCGCCACCAUCGUCUCGUCUGUGGGCAAACCUGUGAUGUUGGAGUGCGCCCUGUUGGCCACGGUCGACGGCGAGGAGAUUCCCCCCAAUGUGUACUGGCUGAAAGACGACGCGCCGCUCCCCUACGCCGAAUACGACGACUACCAAAUGCCUGUCUUCGGCACUGACCGCUGGAUUGUCCACAGCAUCCUCAGGAUUAAUAGUGUCCAGCUUUCAGACAUGGGCACCUAUCAGUGUGCAGCCGACGUGGGAAGAGAGCCGAUUUUGUCCACGGAAGGAAGCAUUCUGCUUGAAGGGCUUCCUCACUUCUCCACCGAGCCGCACCACAUGGCCGUGGUGGCCAACGCGGCGCUGAGCUUGCACUGCGUGGCCCACGGCCCCCCAGAACCGGUCCGAGUCAUCUGGCUGCGGGACGGCGCUCCUCUCAACACCGUGGACGACCCGGUGGCCUUGUCACCCUCCACGCUUAACAUCACAGGUUUAAACCGGACCAGCAGAUUCUCCUGCGAGGCCCAGAACCGCAAGGGGGUGGCCGCCUCUGGAUCCGGCACCAUUACUGUGCUGCCGGCUGCACCUCACCACCUGAAAGCCGCAAACGUCACACUCGCCAGUCUCCGGUUGUCAUGGCAACCCGGGUUCGGUGGCGACUACCCGGUCAUCCGCUGCACAGUACAGGUCAAACAUUGGGACGAGACCUUCUCCAGAGGUCCGGACGAGAUGAUCCACAACCGCGAUGUGAACGUCCCUCCGCCCGAGUACCUGGUGGAGGAGCUGGAGCCCCACAGCCGCUACGCCGCCAGGGUGGCUUGUCACAGCAGCCAGGGGCCGUCGCAGUGGACGUCCUGGGUGGAGAUGCGAACGGCGGAAGGAGUACCUGAGAACCCGCCCGCCAACGUGACGGCAGUGAGGAACGACACCGGGGUGCUUCUGGUGUGGGAGGAGCCUCCGGGGAAGCUGCAUGGAGACCUUCUCGGCUACUCGGUGGAGUUGAGCACGCCGUCAAUGAAGCGGUUUGUCCUGGGUGCCGGCCUGGGCACGGAGCUGUCAAUCAACCUGUCCCUACCCCUCACCAACGUGACCUUCAGGGUGUGCGCGUACACGGGAGCGGGUCGAGGACCCUGGAGCCCUACGCAGACUGUGACGCUCGUCUCUCCUGAAAUCAGUCAAUUCCGAGGUCUGUCGUCUCCGCCGGCCUUCUCGUGGCACUGGUGGUACGUGGUGAUGGCCGUCACGGGCGCCUUGGCCCUCGGCGCGCUCAUGGCCGUCUACGUGGCCAAACUACGACGCAAGGAGACGCGAUUCGGUGAUGCGUUCCAGCCCAUGAUGCAGAGCGGGGAGCUGGUGGUCCGCUACCGAGCGCGGCGCUCGUACAGCCGCAGGACCACCGAGGCCACGCUGAACAGUCUGGGCAUCAGUGACGAGCUGCGGCAGAAGCUCCAAGACGUGAUGGUGGACAGACACAAGUUGACGCUGGGGAAGACGCUGGGAGAAGGAGAGUUCGGCUCUGUGAUGGAGGGCCAGCUCACGCAGGAGGACUCUGUUCUCAGAGUUGCCGUCAAGACCAUGAAGAUCGCCAUCUGCACGCGUUCGGAAAUGGAGGACUUCCUGCGGGAGGCCACCUGCAUGAAGGAGUUUGACCACGCCAACGUCAUGAGGCUGCUCGGCGUGUGUCUGCAGACGGUGGAGAGCGAAGGCUUCCCCUCGCCCGUAGUCAUCCUGCCCUACAUGAAACAUGGUGACCUGCACACUUACCUGCUCUACUCACGGCUGGGAGACUGUCCCGUGUACCUCCCGUCCCAGAUGUUGGUGCGCUUCAUGACAGACAUCGCCCGUGGAAUGGAAUAUCUCAGCAACAAGAACUUCAUCCACAGAGACCUUGCUGCGCGCAACUGCAUGCUGAAUGAGAACAUGAAUGUGUGCGUGGCCGACUUCGGCCUUUCCAAGAAGAUCUACAACGGCGACUACUACCGGCAAGGACGCAUCUCAAAGAUGCCUGUCAAGUGGAUCGCCAUUGAGAGCUUGGCCGACCGAGUCUACACCACCAAGAGCGACGUGUGGUCGUUUGGCGUCACCAUGUGGGAGAUCGCCACCAGGGGCCAGACGCCGUACCCCGGGGUGGAAAACAGUGAGAUCUAUGAUUAUUUGAGGCAGGGAAACCGUCUCAAGCAGCCUCCAGACUGUCUGGACAACAUCUACGCUCUGAUGUUCUCCUGCUGGCUGCUGAGUCCCAAAGAUCGUCCGUCCUUCGAGUCGCUUCGCUGCGAGCUGGAAAAGGCCCUCGACGACCUGCCCGACACUCAGGACCCGGACGAGAUUCUUUACGUCAACAUGGAGGAUUCUUCCAUGGAACUGGGAGCCGUCGGUGGCUGCGACCCCAACGGGAGGUCCUCCCCUCUGGGCCUGAAGGGUCUGGAGUUGACCACGGUGGAGGUGCACCCACCCAACCGCUACGUGCUGUGUCCCCAGCACGAGAGCAGCCGAGUCCUGGCCGACUCCCUGGAGAGUCUGGACAUGCCCGUGUCGUCUUCGGCCGCCACGCUGCCUCUGCGCUAUUUCCGACAUUCCACGCCCGAUGUCACCCAGGCGCACACGCCCGACAUCACGCGGGCGUCCACGCCUGCCACGGAGCUGCUGGAUGAGCGUGAGGUGACCCAUAAGGUUCCCUGGCAGUGAUGGGCACAAUUGGACCACACGGAAUCUAACCUUCUUAUUAUUUUGUGUGCCUUUUCGAGCACAGUUUGUACACACACCUGAAGGCAUUCCAUAUAUUCCCCAAUGAAAAGCAUGUAUCUUCAUUUUAUUUUUAUCCAAAACACAGCAAAAACAAGUAACUCACAAAAUUUGGAAAAGACAUCCCAACAUCUACAUCUUGCCAUGUCUUUUCCAUUGUAGUCCAUCGUAAUUUGUGGUUCUCCUUAUAAUAAUAAUUUGUGGUUCUCCUUAUAAUAUAAUAAAUUUAGCAUUUUGCACAACCCCCCCCCCCCCCCACACACACACACACCUGAAGGCAUUUUAGGAUACACCAUUGAAAAGGAUGUACAGUGUUACCUCGUUUUUCGCGGUUAAUGGGGACCAGAACCCCCCGCGAAGUAGGAUUUGCCCCCCCCCUUCCCCCCACCCUCCCUAGGAAUUUUCGUGGAUGUGUAUGUGGGUACCAGAAUGUUUAAAAUAUGUAAACAGUUUUUAUACUUUACAUAUUUGAGAAAAAGAUUACCACAGUACACGUAUUUACUUAAAUCUUUAAUUAUAAAACCUUAUACAGUAAUUAACUUUUACUUUGUCCUGAUCAUAUUAGUGUCCAAACUCACUGUCUUUUCCCUGCAAUCAGCAAUCCACAAUGCCAUUGCAGCUUCCAUUUUCACAAUUCUCUUAUUACGUGGAGUUACCACACGUUUCGCUUCCGUAUUGAAGGUUAUUGAAGCAGUUUUGCGGAGGUUUGCUUCCUCUUUCUUGAUGUAGCGCGCUGUAAAUUCAUUCACGAACACAACACUAAGAUACAGUAUGCGAGAGAGUCAACAGCGUGGACGAGACUGGCGAGACACAGCAAGGGAAGAUGCUGGGUGAGGCCGCGAUGAUGCGCAGCCAAUCAGCUCACGGGAUAAAUCCACUCGUGCUCUCAUUGGUCGAUGUCGCACCGGGAUCCAAUCAUGCGCCUUGUAUGAGUGCCCGUACAGUACAGGCAUGUACAAAGCCUGUGAGUCAACUCAUCUCUUGUUUGGCAUGCAGGGGAAACGUGAAGCGCGAAGUGGCGAGGGAACACUGUAUCUCCCAAAAUGUUGAUUUUUAUCCAAAACACAAGACAUGCCAAGAUGUAGUGGUUGUCCAGCCUAAAGCAUGCUUCUUCUUAAUGGUUUUUGGUUUUAUCCAAAAUGCAAAAAAAAAAACAAGUAACUACAAAAACACAGAAAUUCCAGGGCAACAAAAAUAAUGAAAAGAUGUAUUUUCAUUGUCCAGCCUAAAGCAUGGUUAGUGUUUGUUUCUAUCCAAAACCCAACAAAAACAUAACUACCAAAACUGCUAGUGCACAUGCGUACGAUGGCAUUCCAAUGUGGUCACUCUGCAAUGAAAAGCAUCUAUGUCCAUUUUGUGUUUGUUUAUCAGAAACAAAAACAAAAUCUCAAAUUUGGAGAUUACAUUUUUUUCCAAAAAUUAUUAUGAAGAACAUGCUUUUUCAUUGGACAGUGACAAAAAUUAAGCAAAACUUUUUUUUCUCUGUCAUGCUCUCUUUAUUUCCCUAAAAGUGGCACAUUUUCACAGUGGGUAAUUUUGGCACGUGAAUGUGAAGAGGCCGGUCGUCACGGCAACUCCUCCAGGCGAGGAAACACCCUCACUGAUGAUAUUUGUUGUCUUGAGGGUGCAUCUCGUCCAAAAGUCUCAAAAUGGGGAAAUAACACUGCCAGGACUCUCGGUCAGCCUGCGGCCCUUUAAACCUUCGCUCCAUACAGGUGCCAAACAGUCCGAGGUCCCAAUAUUCCAAGGUGGACUUUAAAAAAAAAAGCACAUUGACUUUCUUUUGUACGCUGACGAUUUUCUACUUUUCCAACUUUGCACUAAUGUCCUUUUUUAUAUCAACGUGUAUGUUUGUCUGUCGCGUGUAUAUUUUUGUUUCAUUUUACUUUGUUUGUGAAAUCCAUGUGACGGACGAGACCUUUCUCUUCUUUCUAUCCAUUUACUAUUUUUCGAGCCACGUCUGUUACGAGCAGCUGAAAACCCGUCACCAGCUGGCAUCAUGAAUGCACGUACCUGACAUUAUAUACCGGAUGAUGUGCUGUACACAGUAUAUUGUAUUGGUCAUACAGUACUUCCUUAUUUUCUUGGAUUGACUGUGGAAAUGAGCAUAAUUCCAUCCAGUAUGUCCAUGUACUAGUCCGCUCUUUGUCCGCACUAGUAAGAUAAUGCAGCGCAUUAGUAGAACGACUGUCUUACCAGUAAAAACAUUUCCCACCACUAGUACCGCUUUUGGCCAACUAAUCUGACUUCAUAAGAGCCAUCUUUUUCCAAUAUCCUUAAUUCUAGCACAAGGUCCAUGUACUAGUACGUUAUUUGUCCUCACAGGUAGGACAACUACAGUACAUGUUACCAGUGAGGCAAAACUGCUCCAGUCCAUAACUGCGUGCUACUAGUACUGAUAGAAAGUCUAAAAUUCUAAUAGUUAACAUCAAAGGCUUCACUAGUAGAACUCUCUUGCAGAUGUCAACUUGCGGCCAGUUUUGCCUCAUAGAUGUCCCAUUAGUACGCCAAAUUUGUCCUACUAGUCUGCUGAAAUGUCAUAAAGUAGAGGAAGGCGCUAGUGGAAAAAUGUUACGAGUAAGAAGUCAUUUUACUAGUGCGCUGAAUUGUCUUACUAUUGAGGACAAAGACAGAUCUUAAGAUGGACAGCAAGCAUAUUGAAAAAAAUGGCUUUGCACAACUAGCACGAGGUACAGUACAUGAAAAGGUACUAAUGGGCGCUCCUGAGGUGGAAUGUAAUCGUUUUGGAAGUGGUCCUCUGCAUUGUUGUCUUUACGAGCGCAGUUGAAUGGAGACGUUCACGUCAUAAGUUGGAUUUCCGAAGUGCCUUCACGAGCCAGUAUGAUGCCUCCCAUCCACACGUUGACUGAAAACAAUGACCUUUAUUCGUCAUGGUUUGCUUAAAUUAUCUCCAGUAUUUUGUACAAAGAAAAAUAAAGCAAUUUGUGUUAUGCUGGUUGA